AUGGCUGCUAUCGUGAGACUCCACAGACUAACGAAGGAUCAACUGUCUCUCGCUGCUCAGAAGAACAAUAACAAACCAGGCAGAAAACCAACGAAGAAGAAAAACUCCACCACCACCACCACCACCAGAGGAAGGAACCAAUCCACAGGAAAAGGAAACAACUCUGCUGACAGUGAAAGUGUUUCUAGCCAGGUAUCAUCGACCCCUAAGUGGUGGGGUCGUUACAAAAACAAACCCAAGAUAAGUCUACAACUCUCCAGCGCCAUCUUGAGGCCUGACGAGGUAAAACAAGAGGUGAAACAAGAGAUGGACGAGCUGCCUAUCGGGACAAGAAGUGAUGAACACUGGUUGAACUCUGUGAAGACAGAGAGCUACGACCCAGAGAUGGGUAACACCAGGGGACCUACAGAGAGCGACCCCAGGACAGAUGCACAUCACCUGGGUAUCAAGACGGAGGAUGCCCCCCUGUACCACCAGGAUGGAGGGAGGCGGCUGCGGUCGGCUACCGUUCAGAUGUUCAAUCUGGCUGCGUUGAGUUCUGAGCCAGAAUGGUGGCCUCGCAACCAGAAGGUCCGCCGGUUCCCUUGUCCAGACUGUGGCCAGAAGUUCUUCUCCAAAACCACGCUGGAGUUACACUCCCGGAUCCACACCCAGUACCAGCCGUACUCCUGUGAGGUGUGCCAUAAAACCUUCUCCCGGAAAGGCGGUCUGGUCGAGCACCGACCAAUCCACGAGGCGGAACGCCCCUUCGCCUGCCUCCAAUGCGGCAGAACCUUCACAUUCAAAUCCAACCUGACCCGCCACAUGCGGUUCCACAGCGACGCGCGGCCCUACGUCUGCUCCCAGUGCGGCCACGGCUUCAAGAUCUCCGCCCAACUCAAGAGCCACAUGAUUUCCCACAGCGGGUAUAAACCGUACGUGUGCCCGGAGUGCGGCCAGAGUUUCGUCCGUUACAUGAGUCUCAAGUAUCACCGGCUGAGCCACACCGGCGAGCGCCCGCUGUCCUGCCCAGAGUGUCCCAUGACCUUUGCCCGGCCGCACACCCUUAUGAUCCACCGGCGACAGCACACCGGGGAGACGCCGUUCUCUUGCCAGGACUGUGGGAAGAGGUUCAAACAGGGGUGCCAACUGAAAGACCACGUCAGAAGGAAACACACAGGGGAGAAACCAUACAAAUGCUCUGAGUGUGACAAGUGCUUCGUCACUUCGGCGUCUCGUAAAGUGCACAUGGUUGUCCACACAGGAGAGAAGCCAUACAAAUGCACAGAGUGCUGUAGGAGCUACAGUCAGAGUGGGGGCCUGAAGAGGCACAGGUGUGAGCAGCAAACCAGUGGCAGCGUUGAGGCUGCUUCUGAUUGGUAACACUGGGCAGGGUCAGAGUUCAGCAGGAAACACCAUCAUUGGCAGAGACCUUCUGAGUGGACUUCUCUAUGGUUGCCAUGACCACAGAUUGUGAGAGUUGG